GUUGUUAUUGAGAAAUGACUAAAGAUUCAUACGAAGUUUCGAGCCCUCAACAAGGGGGGCCACCCCGCAGAAGGGCAGAUAAUUCUUUUUGGUUGUGCUCUUGCACUUUGUUGGUUGUGCUAUUGCUUUGUAUUAUUAUUUUACUGUUUUCAUUUCGAUGGUGCGAAUUAGGAAUUUUCCGCAAGGAUGAAAAGAAUUCCGCUGUUAUGAUGGAACGAAUACAAUAUGUACCUGAAUCCACGAGAACUAAAGAAUCAAUGAAGUUGAAUGAAAGGAGAAAUAUUACUACAAUUCCAAAAAUUAUUUCAACAAGAAACAUAACUACAACUCCGAAGCCUAUUCCAAAGAAGAGUACUUCCAAUGAUCCAAAAAAACUGUACAUACCACUAACUGAUGAGCCCUCUGUUACUACGACAUCCAAAAACUAUUUGAAUUAUUUGAAAUCACAAACAAAGCCAGAAUCAGAUAAAACUGAAGCUGAAAGAAACAUAAAUAAAACCACGAGUACUCUAGAAACCAAUACCCUCAAUAUAAUUCCUGUAACGAAAGGAAGUAACGCAUUUACGACCCAAAAAGCGAUUAUUGUGUCAUACAUGAAGAAUAUCACCACUACCAAAGAAUCACUAAUUAAUUCCACCAAGCAAACUGAGACGGAGAAGAUCGUAGAAAAUCGAACAGAAAUAAAUUACGCAACAACUACAAGAAUUGUUACAGAAAUGGAGAGACAGGAAAAUAUUUUCACAACAACCGAGGAGAUGACUCAAGACAGCCACAAGACUACAACAGAGGAUAUUACGUCUCAAAAUCCAAUGACUUCUUCAAAAAGUGACUUGAAAGAAUCCAACUCAAAAUUGAUGGAGCUUUUCUUAAAAGACCAGGAUGUAUGUAAUAGCACUAACUGCGACUCUGUUGCUGCUCGUAUAAUAAGUACCAUGGAUUAUUCAAAACAACCUUGUGAAAACUUUUACGAUUUCGCUUGUGGUGGAAUGUUAAGGAACAAAAAAGAUAAAAUAGAUAUCUUUUCUCCUAAACUUCUUGAUAGUGAAGACAAUCCAGAGUUCAUGGAGAAAUUCAACCUUUUCUCUCAUUCAUGUAUCAAACAUGAGGAUAGAUUCAAUUAUCGACUAAGGAUCAAAAGAGCUAGAGAUUUAUUGCAUACCAUCGGUACAUUCCAUUUUGAUGGACAAACAAAUAAAACCUACAAUAUAACAGAAUUUAUAGCCAAUUUGAUAUUAUUCAAAGCAAUGCCCCUCUUCGAAGUAGAUAUUGAUAUUGAUCCAGAUAAUUCUACAUAUAUUUUAAAGCUUACCAUGCCGGAUCAAACUUCCUUGGAUUUCGAACAUUGGUCAUCGUUGGCAGAAUCGAAGAGAAAAUGCCUCAGGGAAAUGAAUGAAAGCGCAGUAGGAUCCCCUAUCAACAUGACUCUACUAUAUAGGAGUUUCAGAGGCUGUCAAAUGAAUUACAGCGAUUUUUUGGAUUCAAUAGAUACUGCAGUAUUAGAGCUAGGUUUCUUUUCCCAUCUUACAAAUGAGAAGAUAUUCAAACAUAUUCGCGACAUCAGGGUUUUCAUUGAAUUCGAAAUAUUCUCUCUGUUCGAGGAAAUAGCGUCUCCUCCAAAUCUCCAGCAGAUGAUUGUACGCAGACAAUACGAAAAUGUUAAGCUAGAAAAAUUGCAAAAGGAUUUUCCGUCUAUCGAAUGGGAAAAAUUGUUCAAGAUGAUAAGUAACCAAAAUGUAACUAGCCAAACAAUAAUACAAAUGUAUAAUAGACAGUAUUUUGAAGAUGUUUUUCGAGGUAUCUCCUCACUUGAUAAAGGGAUGCUGAACAAUGCAUUUUUGGCUAUUUUAGCUUAUAUUCUUUUCGAGAAUACAGUUCUUCCAUCUCAUAAACACUCAAGAAUAGAGUAUUGUAACGAAAGGAGCGAGGAACUGUUUCCAGAUAUUAUAAACUACUUGCAAAAAAAAAUAAUUUCUUCUGACGAAUUGAAUGAACAUAAUGCAUAUGUAUCAGAACUUUAUGAUAAUCUGGCGAAUAAUUUCAACCGAUCUCUGGAGAAUCUUGAUUGGUUAGAUGAUGCAUCCAAAACAUCAAUUAGAAAAAAAUUGGACAGAAUUCAUCUUGUUCUUUUUCGAAAUGACGAUGUUGACAGUGAGACAGCUUAUCUUCUGGAUGAUUACAAGGAUUUAGUACUCAAAGAUAGUGAUUAUCAAUAUAAUUUCUUCAAUUUGAUGAAGUUUCGAAGGAAAAAACUGUUUUCGCUCCAAGGCCAGGAAGUAACCAGCGAAAAUAUGUAUCGAUACUUUGUAGAUGCAACCAAAGAAGAACCUGUUUUCUUUUAUGCAAAUGAUAUUGUAUGUAUACCAUAUGGCUUAUCGAGAAGGGCAACUAGAGAUUUCCCCAGAUACAUAAUUAUGGCUCAAGUGGGUUUUCCUUUGGCCAAAAUAAUAGGUCACGCCUUCGAUUCAAUUGGAAUACAAUACAGAGUUCAGUUAUCUGAAAUAGCUAACGCAUCUUACAUUAACUUUGCAGACCAAACACGAGAUAUGAUUGUUUUGUCUAAUCCAAUAAAAUUCGGAAAUCAAGAGUAUUUUUUCUCAUUAAAUAAUGCUCUUUCCGAAAGUGAAAGAUUAGCGGAAAACACAGCUUUGAGGUUAUUAACAAACACGUUCAACACGUUCAAGAAUGAUCCUUCAUUGCCAUGGAUUUCAUACAAAUUCACUAAAGAGAAAAUCUUUUUUUUAACAAUGACUCAAGAAUUCUGCAGAGAUAUGGAAUUCACUGAAUUUAUGAUAGAGGCAUACGAAAGCCACAUAUUGCCUCCACAAUUCAGAAUAGAAAAUAUUUUGGGCAACUCUGAGGAAUUUUUGAAAGAGUUCAAUUGUAGACCAGGAUCAGCUAUGACGAGAUUUGAAGAUAGAUUGCAAUUCCCAUAUUUGACAGCUCUAUCCAAAGAAGAUUUAGAUUAUACGAAUUAAAUUCAAAGGGAAGAAACGAGUUGAGUUAUAAGAGAAAUUUCAAGACAAUUUUCAAGAUAUCUACCUCAUUAUUUUGAUCUUGAAAAUAAUCCAUUUCAAUGAAGCCUUUCACGAUAAUGUGAAGAAAUUUUGAUUGUAUUUAUGUAUAAACAAGAAAAUGUAACUUUUUCAAUUCAAGAUCAGUUCUAACGAUUAUUUCUAUUCCAUUUUUUUAAGAAUGUAAUUUACCGAAUCAAAAAAGAUAAAUUUUCGUAGAGAAAUUAAUGGAUCAAAUUAUUUAU